AUGUCCAACGCCCUCAACCUGUCGCUGGCGCUCGGCGUCUUUCUGCUAGCCUACUAUGGCUUCUCCGUGAUCCAGUACCACAUCAAAACCCGCAAGCUCGAAAAGAAGUGGAAGUGUGGUAAGCCCAAGGAUAUUUCACGAUUCCCCUUUUCAGCCUCCUUCUUCAUCCCCUUCCUGGUUGAGUCCAAGAAGAACCGACUGCUCGAGUUUGUUCAGUGGAUGUUUGAGUCCCAGGUCUACCCCGGUUACACCUGCAAGACCACCGUGUUCGGCGUUGACAUGUACCACACUGUCGACCCUGAGAACCUCAAGGCUGUUCUAGCCACCCAGUUCAAGGACUUUUGUCUCGGUGAGCGACACGCUCAGUUCCUCCCCGUUCUUGGCAACGGUAUCUUUACUCUUGACGGCCAGGGAUGGCAGCAUUCUCGAGCCAUGCUGCGACCCCAGUUUGCUCGAGAUCAGGUUUCCGACGUUGAGAUGAUCGAGGAGCACAUCCAGUACAUGACCUCUCGAAUCCCCAAGGAUGGCUCUGCCUUUGAUGCCCAAGAGCUCUUCUUCAACCUGACUCUUGACACUGCCACCGAGUUCCUGUUUGGCCAGUCUGUCGGUUCCCAGACCGUCGAAACCAACCCCACUGCCGUCCCCACCGAUAUGCCCGUCCAUCUCCGAAAGUCUUUCCAGGAGGACUUCAACACCGCUCAGGAGCACCUUGGCCAGCGAGCUCGUCUUCAGAUGUUCUACUGGGCCUGGAGACCCCGAGAGCUGUACUCUUCUGGAGAGCGAGUCCAUGCCUUUGUCGACCACUACGUUAAGAAGGCUCUUGAGGAGUCCGAGAAGCACGUUGACGACGGUAAGUACGUUUUCCUCCGAGAGCUUGCCAAGGAGACCAAGGACCCCAUUGUUCUGCGAGACCAGGCUCUCAACAUUCUUCUUGCUGGCCGAGAUACCACUGCUUCUCUUCUGUCUUGGUGCCUGUAUCUGAUGGCUCGACGACCCGAGGUUUAUGCCAAGCUGCGAGAGGAGGUCAUUGAGAACCUUGGAGACGGUGAGGAUCUGUCCACCAUCACCUUUGAGUCUCUCAAGCGAUGCGACUACCUGCGAUACGUUCUUAACGAAGUCCUGCGACUCUACCCCUCUGUCCCUGCCAACAUGCGAUACGCUACCCGAGACACCACUCUUCCCCGAGGAGGAGGACCUGACGGAAUGCAGCCCAUUGUCGUCCGAAAGGGCAACCUCGUUUCAUACCACGUUUUCACCACUCACCGACUCAAGGAGUUCUGGGGUGAGGACGCUGAGGAGUUCCGACCCGAGCGAUGGUACGAGGAUGGUGCCUCCCAGGCUAAGGGAUGGGAGUACCUGCCCUUCAAUGGAGGACCCCGAAUCUGUCUGGGCCAGCAGUACGCUCUUACCGAGGCUGGCUAUGCUCUUGCACGAAUCGCGCAGCUCUACGACACCAUCGAGAACGCUGACGACAAGCCUGAGCCUCCCGUCAAGUUCCAUGCUCUGACCAUGUGCCACCACACUGGUGUCCUGGUCAAGCUCUACAACUCCAAGACCACCAAGGCUCAGUAA